AUGCCAGUAAAAUUUACUCAUAGAGUUUCCCGAUAUAAAUUACAUUCACAUUCGAUAUCAUAUGGUACUGGUUCAGGUCAACAAAGUGUUACGGGACUUUCAAGAGCUGAUGACCCCGAUUCAUAUUGGAUUAUAAAAGCUGCUAAUGGAGCUUCAUGCAAAAGAGGAGAACCUAUUAAAUGUAAUUCAAUUAUUCGAUUACAACAUAUUAGUACAGGAAAAUUAUUACAUAGUCAUCAUCAUUUUUCACCAUUAUCAAAUCAACAAGAAGUUAGUGCGUUUGAUGGAUUAGAUUCGGGAGAUAAUUGGGAAUUAAUAUGUUUAAAUACAUCAACGAAAUAUUGGUUACGUGAACAAAAGAUUAAAUUAAUGCAUUCAGAAACAUAUAAAUAUUUAGUAGCUAGUAAAGACAAAGUUUAUAAUAAUCCAAUUAAUGGACAAAUUGAAGUUGCUGCUUCAUCAAAAUCUAAUGAAGAUUCAGAAUGGAUUGCUCAAGAAGGAAUUUAUUUUGCUGAACGAUGA